AUGAAUUUUCCGCCCGAAGUGAACCCGCUUCUUGUUGAUCCGUUCCCUUACUGGUUCCCCUCCGACGACCGAAACGCUUGUAGGAAAGCUUCCGGGGCCUCUGCAAUGCGUGCGCUCCUCGAAGACCAUAAAGAUGCAUAUUUCCGCGAAAAUGCGAGCUGGUGCCGCAUGUUGGUUCAACAGCCCCCUGUGCAGUCGAUGUCGAUAGGAUGGUUGAAACUCACCGAAGUCCAGUGGGACUGCGUCAAAGCGUUUUGGUGGGAACUGCCUCUGGAGAAAGUGAAAAGUGGAGGUGGUCCUCGCAUGGACGUCCUGUAUGACCUGGCAAUGGGGACUUCCGGCGAGGAAAACAAGAACCGCUACUUUCGAGUCUGCUGGCGCCGAAUCCCAUGGUUUUGGGGCCCCUAUUCCCCAGGAAUGCGGCCUAGAGGCCCCCAAUAG